UGCAUUGUUUUACCAGCAACUAGGUUAAGUAAUUAGAGUCUUUCAGAGAAAGGAAGUCUUGCUUUAAGUGUUUGUAAGCUUUUAGUUUUUUAAGAUAAUCUAUUCUUAAUUUUUCUCUUUAGCUUGCUAUUUAGUUCUCAUUUAUGUGCUAGCCUAUGUUUAGUUAUUUUUGUAUUACAAUGAGCCAAAGAGUGUAGGCUGCUUAGUUCAAAAUGGGAGCCCUGCAAAGGGUUAACCAGCAGAGAAUUACAAAUGAACUAUCAGGAAAGUUGAUUAUUAAUCCAGCAAGAGAGAAAAUAUCCUUCCAGUUAGCAAGAAUUAGUACCUGAAGAGCUGAUAAUAUUGUUCGGGCUGUCGGUGUGGAAUGGCAAAACCAGAAGAAUGUCUUCCAAGCAGGCUACCUCUCCAUUUGCAUGUGCAGCUGAUGGAGAGGAAACAAUGACCCAGGACUUAGCAUCACGAGACAAGGAGGAGGGCAACAGUGAUCAGCACGCCUCUCAUCUGCCUCUACACAAUGUAAUGCACAACAAACCUCACUCCGAGGAGCUUCCGACCCUGGUCACCACCAUCCAGCAGGAUCCCGAGUGGGAUGGAGUAAUCUCAGCCCAACACAGAAUGGAGUCAGAGAGUAAUAAGUUAUGUUCCCUAUAUUCCUUCCGAAAUACCUCUACCUCACCAAACAAGCCCGACGAAGGAGGUCGCGACCGCAGCGAGCUAAUGACCAGUGUUAAUUUUGGAACGCCGGAGCGCCGCAAGGGAAGCCUAGCAGAUGUGGUGGACACACUGAAGCAGAAGAAACUAGAAGAAAUGACCAGGACUGAGCAAGAAGAUUCAUCCUGUAUGGAAAAGCUACUUUCUAAAGACUGGAAGGAGAAGAUGGAAAAAUUAAACACAAGUGAUCUCCUUGGAGAAAUUAAAGGUACACCAGAAAGCCUGGCAGAAAAAGAGCGACAGCUCUCCACGAUGAUCACCCAGCUGAUCAGCUUACGGGAGCAGCUCCUGGCUGCCCAUGACGAGCAGAAAAAGCUGGCAGCCUCACAAAUCGAAAAACAACGGCAGCAAAUGGACCUUGCUCGCCAACAGCAAGAACAGAUUGCAAGACAACAGCAGCAACUUCUGCAACAGCAGCACAAAAUCAAUCUACUGCAGCAGCAAAUUCAGGUUCAGGGUCACAUGCCUCCGCUCAUGAUCCCAAUUUUUCCACACGACCAGCGGACACUGGCAGCAGCUGCUGCAGCCCAGCAGGGAUUCCUCUUCCCCCCAGGAAUAACAUACAAGCCAGGUGAUAACUACCCUGUGCAGUUCAUUCCAUCAACAAUGGCAGCUGCUGCUGCUUCUGGACUCAGCCCUUUACAGCUCCAGCAACUGUAUGCAGCUCAGCUGGCAAGCAUGCAAGUUUCUCCUGGAGCCAAAAUGCCAUCUACUCCACAGCCACCAAAUACAACAGGGGCACUUUCACCCACUGGGAUGAAAAAUGAGAAGAGAGGGACCAGCCCGGUAACUCAAGUUAAGGACGAAGCAGCUCAGCCACUGAAUCUCUCAGCCCGACCCAAAACAGCUGAACCUGUCAAAUCCCCGACAUCUCCGACACAGAAUCUCUUCCCAGCCAGCAAAAGCAGCCCAGUGACAGUGACGAACAAGAGUGGCAUCCCCAGCCCGCUCAGUGGGUCCCUGGGAAGAGGAUCCUCUUUAGAUAUCCUUUCCAGUCUUAAUUCACCUGCCCUAUUUGGGGACCAGGACACAGUAAUGAAAGCCAUUCAGGAGGCUCGAAAAAUGCGAGAGCAAAUCCAAAGGGAACAGCAGCAGCAACAGCAGCCUCAUGGUGUUGAUGGAAAAUUACCCUCCAUGAAUAACAUGGGUCUAAACAACUGCAGGAAUGAAAAGGAAAGAACAAGGUUUGAAAAUUUAGGCCCACAGUUAACAGGGAAACCCAAUGAAGAUGGAAAAAUUGGCCCCGGUGUCAUCGAUCUUACAAGGCCAGAAGAUGCAGAAGGAGGGGCCACGGUGGCUGAAGCCCGGGUGUACCGGGACUCGCGGGGCCGCGCCAGCAGCGAGCCCCACAUCAAGCGGCCGAUGAACGCCUUCAUGGUCUGGGCCAAGGACGAGCGCCGGAAAAUCCUCCAGGCCUUCCCCGACAUGCACAACUCCAACAUCAGCAAAAUCCUCGGAUCUCGCUGGAAGUCCAUGUCAAAUCAGGAGAAACAACCUUAUUACGAGGAGCAGGCACGACUAAGUAAAAUCCACCUAGAAAAGUACCCUAAUUACAAAUACAAGCCUCGACCAAAACGCACCUGCAUUGUGGAUGGGAAGAAACUGCGUAUUGGUGAAUACAAGCAGCUGAUGAGGUCUCGGCGACAGGAGAUGAGGCAGUUUUUUACUGUAGGACAGCAGCCCCAGAUUCCAAUCACCACGGGAACAGGAGUUGUCUACCCCGGUGCUAUCACCAUGGCGACCACCACGCCGUCCCCUCAGAUGACAUCAGAUUGCUCCAGCACCUCUGCCAGCCCCGAGCCCAGCAUCCCUGUCAUCCAGAGCACCUACGGGAUGAAGGCGGACAGCGCCAGCCUCCCUGGCAACGAGAUGAUGAACGGAGAGGAUGAAAUAGAAAUGUACGAGGACUAUGAGGAUGAUCCCAAAUCAGACUAUAGCAGUGAAAACGAAGCCCAUGAGGCAGUCAGUGCCAACUGAGGAGUGUUCGCAGAAUUAAAGUACUCAGACUCAUUUGGGUUUUUUUGGGGUUUUUUUGAACAAAAAGUUCUUAAAGAGCCUGCAUGCAUGUGUGGCUCCUACAGUUACAUCAGCAGAAUGGUCUUAAAUGUUUCUUAUCGUGUGAGACAGAUUGUUUCCCUAAUUUUUCAUGAACUUGGGUUUUUUUUUUUGUUUUUGUUUUGUUUUUUUAAUUUAGAUGAAGACAUAAAUAUCAGACAUCAGGACUUGAAAACUUAUAUGAAUCAAUAGCUGUCUUACAAGUCUUACCUUUUGUCUUUUUCCGUUUGGAUGCUGAUAAAGGUUUAAGUUACUGUUUUAGAUGGGGGUUAUACAUUCUCACUCAGGUAUGCUGUGCCAGCCUACAGGUUGUGAAUGUGUUUUUAUUCUGGAUUAUUUUAGAAAACAAAAACUGCAGAUUUCAUAUUGUGAAGCAGAACAAGUCCGCAAGUGUGCACACCCGUGCAUCAUAGCUUGUCUUUAAAAAAUAGUCUCUGAAUUCCAUUUUUUUUCCAUAUGUAUAGCUGACCUUCUGAUGUGCCAAACUUUUCAUAACUUUUGAAUCUUAACAUUUAAACAAAAAGUCUUAAAGGAGACACUGUAAAGUCUUAGACAAUCCUUUGGCAUCUUAAAAAAAAAUUAUAUAUAAAACCUAAUUUUUUUUUCCAGAAUAUGGUGAAGUACUCAGGAAUCUGGAGACAGGAUAUUCUUAAUUAGUGAACAUGGUUGCCAUAGUGCAUGUGCCCAAUUGCUUUUGCCUCUUGAUGUGCCAUUAGUGUGAAAUUUUGAGUAAGCACAAAAGAGCGAUCACCAGCUACGGACUGGCCUGUCUUAGCAGUGUGAGGCCACCUCUGAUUACAUUCUCUACCCCUUUGCUUUUAACCCUUGCAUUCAGUCUUAACACAUUUUCUCUUAAAUAAUUUAUUCAUUCCAGAAUGUCAAGGGUCCAAAUACUUAAUAUUUAUUUUUAAAAAUACAGUUGGUGGCAUUACACUUACAAUUCCUUAUUGAUAUUUUAAAGAGCCUCUUCUUCCCCCUUCCCUAAAUCACACAGGUAUAUGAAAAUAAAAGUGCACCUGCUACUAAAAUGAACAUGACCUUUAUGAAUGAGAAAUUCACUUGUUCCUCUAACACUGUAUGUUCAAGGAGCACUUGGAAACACUCUGCUAUAUGUAUUGCAAAAUAAAUUGAGUACUUUUAUAUGUACAUAGAGUACAAAUACCCCUAAAAAUGUGUUUAUAGUUCUAAACCUCUACACUCAGACAGCAAGGGCAGAUGUAAAACCCAAACUGCUUUUACAGUCCACCAUGCUGAAUUUUUAGGGCCUGAGGAAUCUGUGGCAAAUCAUGGCUCUGUUCAUCAUGUUCCUACUGCCACCUGAAGGAACUGUGCUACCUUAAGUACUUAUGCAGUGAUUUAUUUGUGAGACUUCAAGUGGAGGAAGGAAGGCCACUCAAAUAUCUAAUGGCAAAGGUGGGAAAAUGGGUCGUUAAAAAUAUUUAUUGUAUAUUAGUCAUGUCUGAAUGUGACUUGCUGAGCGCUUUGGGAUCUUUGGAUGUAAAGUGCUAAAGAAACAAAAAUUUCUGUUUGUAUUACUUCUAGAAAAAUUACAAUUAGUGGAGAUAAUUCUGGGAAAUAUGCAAGAGAGGCAUUCACAAGGCUGUGAAUCUAUUGGAUGUCAAAGACAGAAGAGAAACUACCUUUACUUUUCCCCUCAUGCUCCACUCCUGUUCACAAAUAGAUCACUGUGUAUAUAUAUAUACAGUUCCAAUAGGCCUGGUGAAUAACUGUGCUGAAGCUCCUCAACUCCCCCAGCUUUUAUUUGGAAUUGGCUGUGCUCAGCACACUGGUGAUAAAUUCGGGCUGGGGCUGAGAGGUACCAGUGGGUCUGGAGCAGCUCCUCUGGAAAUUUGGGAGCAUCUUCUCACCGAGCUGCACAGGAUUUGCUUGGGACAACAACAGUGUUGGCCUGGCUGUCCUCGUGCAUCCUGUCCUGCAGACCUCCUGUGAGCUGCAAGGAUGCUUGGAGGAGCAGCUGCCUUCCUCACAGCCCCUCUGGUACCUGCUCUGCCAGAAAAAGCCAUUUUUGCCACUGUAGGAAUCACGUUUCUAUGUGAGAGAACGACCCCCCGAGACAAAGAAGAUUGUUCAAUUUACAGGACAAUUUAUAAAGAUAAUGGCAUAGAAACACAAUGGUCAAAUUUCUCUGACCAUUUUGUAAUUUGGAAC